AUGACUGUCUAUCCCCCAACUCUUGAUCCGGCCAUCCGCACUCUAAUAGAAACCUUCUACCUCGUCCUCGACACCAAAACCCCCGAAUCCCAUGCCUCGUGGGGCUCCCUCUUCUCACCCACCGCUUUGGGGAAAAGAGCACCAAGAGAAUAUUCCGGCGGUACUGAAAGUAAAUCUCAUGCACCCCCCUUUCUUUAAAUUAUCUCAUAUUACCCAAUCACUAACAAUCUUUCAGCAUUCGCAAAAUGGACGGAAAAAUCUUGGGAAGGCACCGCCUCUCGUCGUCACGUUGUAAGAAAGGUCUUCAUGUUUGGCGACGAUGGUAGUGAGGUUAUGAUUCAUGGAUUCACGGAUAAUCAAUUUGAAGAUGGGGGAGCGAAGGCUUAUGAGUGGGCGGGGAGGUUGAAGUUUAUAAAGAUUGACGAGAUAUGGAAGGUUGAGAAGUUUACUGCUAUUAUGGUAUGGUUAUUCCCUCAGUCUACCUUGUUUCUAGUCUUUGUUUGAAUUUGGGACAAGUGAUGAUACUUAUUUGUGAAUAGGAUACUGCAUGUCCUCAGGAUGUUAGCAAGUUGGAAGUGAUGUAA